AUGGCCUCGAUCAUGAAUGAAAAUGUUCCUUCAGUGUACACAAGCAGUUGGUCUGCCAAUCUCCUCCUGGGACGCGCCGGGUCCCUUCUCGCCUGGAGUAAAGACCUCCUUGCCAUUGCCUCUCAUCUUCUGGCUUCGUUCCGUGUCAUCAGAGAUCACCAGGCUGCUCGUAUUUGUUACCUUGAAGGUCUCCUUCGUUCAAACGACAUAGACUUCACACCAUCAACUCCUCUUGGCCAUGAUGACUUUGCCAAUGUGGAUGACCUCUACAUGAUGGACACCCGUGAUAGCCAUCCUCUGAAACAACAAGAUCUUCGUGACAACAACUUGCAUCACAUUGUGGAGGAGAUUAAAGCUGUUGAUUCUCUUUUCACGGAAAUCCAUGCUGAAAUUCGUGGAUGA